UUUUUUGUUUGACAAAAAUUUCAUUAUCUUUGGGAAAAUCUUAGAGGAACCCACUUUUGAUGUUGGAUUGCAGGACAUGUUUGUUGCAGGAAGUGACACAACAGCAGCAGCACUGGAGUGGACAAUGGCAGAGCUGAUGAGAAAUCCAGCUGCCAUGAAGAAAGCCCAAGAGGAAGUAAGAACAAUAACAGGAAAGAAAUCAAAGAUCGAAGCCGAAGAUAUUCAAAAGAUGGAGUAUAUUCAGUUUGUCAUAAAGGAAUCUCUAAGGCUCCACCCGCCAGUUCCUCUGCUAGUGCCACGCGAAACAGCAGCAGAUGUGGAGAUCGAUGGCUACCAUAUUCCAUCAAAAACAAGAGUUUUUGUGAACGCCUGGAAAAUUCAAAGGGACCCCGAAUAUUGGCUCAAUCCAAACGAGUUCAUUCCAGAGAGGUUUAUGGAUAACAGUUUAGUAGAUUACAAAGGCCAAGACUAUGAGUUUAUUCCGUUUGGGAGUGGGAGAAGGAAGUGCCCAGGAAUGCCAUUUGGGGUUGCUUCAUUUGAACACGCCUUGGCUAAUCUUCUCCAUUGGUUUGAUUGGAAGCUUCCCUGUGGCUGUGAACUGAUCGUUGAAGAAGAAAGUGGGCUCACCGUUCGCAAGAAAAUCCCUCUCCUUCUCAAUCCAAUCCCGUAUAUCUAAUCAUAUUUAAAUAAAUAAUUCUCAUGUGGGUAACUUUAUUAUGCAGUUAUAUUUUGUGUAAACAAGUUUAUUGGUCGUUAUGAAUUUAUCUAAACUAUAUAGGUCACAUGAGACACUUCUAUCACAUAGGGGGUCUCCCGUUCAAAAAAAAUUGGAUGUGUAGUACAUCCCUAUAUAUACGACCCACACGUGCGAAC